AUGGCAAAUAUGGGAGGCUUAGUCGAUCUAGUGGCUAGCAUUAUGAGGGUACCGGGUUAUCAAGUGGUCAUUGUUACGUCAGCUGCUGUUGGAUUCGGCUGCCUUAAACUCAACUUGGCAAAUCGUCCUAGAUCUGAUCAACUUUCAUUAAAGCAAGCGGUUGCUGCUGCUGGACAAUCCCUUCUUAUAAGAUUGUAUGAGGAUCUCUUCGACGCGUAUGGCUUGAAAGUAGCGCAGAUUCUCUUAUCUAGAUCUGAUUUCUCGGCUAAGGACAGAUUUAGGAACUUCAGGAACGCUACGAACGAAUUGUUGAACAUGGGAGUUAUUCCUAUUAUAAAUGAAAACGACUGUAUAUGCGUUGACGAGCUACGUUUUGGUGACAACGACACGUUAUCCGCCUUGGUGGCUGUCAGCUGUAAUGCGGAAAGGCUUUUCCUGCUCACUGACGUCGACUGUUUAUAUGACAAAAACCCGCAUGAAUUCGCCGAUGCUAAACCUAUACGAGAGCUCAGCAGCUUAGAGCUGGCCAAGCUGGAUGUGGAAGUGGGUGGAGACAGCCAGUGGGGCACCGGGGGUAUGGCGACCAAACUUGUAGCGGCUAGGACUGCAGUAGCUGCUGGUAUAGAGUGUAUCCUCACGCAUGGUGCCAAGCCAAAUAAGGUACUGGAAUACCUCCGGGAUGGAUCUAGCAAGGGCCUCAUGACCGUGUUCAAAGUUGCUCCUGAUGGCAUGCAGUUCGCUGUAUCUAAAAUGACCUGGAGGAGACGUUGGAUGCUAGGGCUCGAGACUAGGGGUGUAAUAAGCCUGGAUAAGGGAGCUGCUGAGGCGAUAAGAAGGAAGAAGAGUCUAUUCGCUGCGGGGAUCACUCGCGUCACAGGCAGUUUCCAUCGUGAUGAUUGCGUGUCGCUGGUCGAGGCUGAAACCGGCGAGGAAAUCGCUCGAGGUGUGGUAAACCUUCGAGAUUUUGAAGUGGAGAAAAUCAGAGGACAUAAAUCGUCCGAGUAUGGAGAACUGCUGGGCUGCGUUGUAGCUCCGGAAGUCGCUUACAGAGAAAAUAUAAUUCUCACGACGGGAGCUCUCGCAGUUUUUGACAGCGAGGCGGAAGACUCAGAUCAGCCGAAUAACUUCUAGG